AUGACGAGAACGCCGGCGAAAGUGGCCUCAACUCCGGUGCGGUCGACGUCCACACCCGUCGCCACCGCCGCCAUCACCGGCGCCCACGUGUUGGCCACCAAACGGCAGACACUGUCCGCGAAGUCACGCAAACAAACGGAUCCCAAACGCCGUGAACAGCCGGCUCUGGGCUCCGGGAAGCGCCGGCACCGCUACAGACCGGGAACGGUAGCCCUGCGGGAGAUCCGUAAGUUUCAGUGUACGACAGACCUGUUGCUGAGGAAACUGCCGUUCGCUCGACUCGUCCGGGAGGUCCUCCAAGACAUCUACCCGUCCAAUGAGAUCCGGUGGCAGUCGACGGCCCUGUUGGCCAUGCAGGAGGCGGCGGAGGCCUACCUGAUAGGCGUGUUCGAGGACACCAACGUCGUGGCCAUCAAUGCCAAGCGCGUGACGAUUAUGGCCCGGGAUCUCAAAGUGGUGCGCCGUAUUAGAGGUCGUGGCGACCCCGGGAACCGUUAG